GCUAGCCAACCCCCACUCCGUCCAACCCAACCCUAAACAUCCAAAUAUAUUUCAUUUCCUUUUGAUAUCCAAAAUAAAGUCUCUUCUAUCUAUUUUAAUCUCUGGUCACAAUAGGAAACCAAAACAGCCCCAUUCAUCUUCCAACAUCCACCCAACAUGGUCCCUACUAUGUUCCCUAGUACAACCCACUAAACAACCAUAAAAUUCCAGGAGAAACAUGGUACUUUCUUAACCCUUUAACCACCAAAUAAAUCCUCAUAUAUGCAGCCAAAGUACCACACAUUAUCCUUUCCCUUUGUCCCCCCUAGUUGGCUGAACACAUCCCCCCCCAAAUCAGCCCAAAAGAAUGAUAUCCAUUCCCCUUGGCUUUGAGAGAGGAUGUUGCUAGGAAGUUUCCUUAUGUCUACAUUCAAUGUAUUGUGUAUUUCUUCUCCCUUCCCCCUGCCUAUAUAAUCAGGCCCUAUUGCCAUUGUAAACACAACUUUGAAUAUUAAAACUCCCUUUUACUCUUUGAGUAUUUAUAAAAUAGUGUGAUGCUAUUUUAGCCAAAUUCCUAAUUCUAUAUCUUAAGAGUGGUUAUCUUAAGUGUGAGUUUUAGGUUCUAGAUAUUUGAUUAAGUGUGUCAUAUCUUAAUUAAAUACUAGAAUUCAACCCCAAGUUAAUCUAGAGGUGAGCUUAUCCUUUAGUAUUAAUUUGGCUCCAAAUUAAGAUAAGAGUGUGUUUAUCUCUUAUUCCUUAUUUGGAAUUUAUCCCAUCCUUUCUAAACCCAUCCUUCAUCCCUGAUUUUCCACUCUUCUUCAUAAUAUCAAAACCCAAAAAGAACUCCUUCACAUUCCCAUAUUUUCAUCCAGCCCAUUUCCCCUUCAUUAUUCCACAAUUCCAUCUCCAAAAAUAACAACUUGAUAAGACCUCCGGUUCACCCCUAACAGAUGAUGUCAUUCAUUCGCUCAUUUUUUGACAGACUUUCUCUUUGUAAAUAGCUAUAAAUAUAGCUAAUUUGUACCAAGACUGGUCAUAAUGUCUUUAGUGGAUUUGGCGCAAGGGAAACAAAGACAUGUUCCGUACAGAGAUUCCAGGUUAACUUUUCUCCUUCAGGAUUCUCUUGGCGGGAAUUCAAAAACUACAAUUAUUGCCAAUAUUAGUCCAUCUAGCUGCUCUGCCAAUGAGACCCUAAGCACUUUAAAGUUUGCACAACGUGCAAAACUUAUUCAGAACAAUGCAAAAGUGAAUGAGGAUGCUUCAGGUGAUAUAUUAAUUUUGCAGCAUCAAAUCCAACAACUAAAGGGUCAGUUAUUUUUUUUAAUGAAGCAUCACAACUCUUCACAACAAUUUUCAAAUUCCACACCAUCGUUGGAUCAGUCUAGCUCAGGCAUUCUUCCUGAAAGGUUUGACCUGUCUAAUGUGUCGAAGAUAUACAAUGAUGAUGAUGAAAGAACAUGUGGAAGACACCACAAGAUAGAAAAGUUCGAAGCUACUUUGCUUGGUGCCCUGAGACGGGAGAAACUGGCUGAUAUGGAGAUCAGGCGAUUGGAAGAAGAAAUUAAGCAUAUGAACCGUCUAGUUCAUCAACUAGAGGAAGAUGCUCAGCGCAAUAAAAUAAUGUUCAAGUUUCGUGAUGAAAAAAAUAAGCGAUUAGAAUUGCUUGAAGAGAAGUUAAUCUCGGUGGAUAAGUAUCUCAUCAAUGAAAAUGCUGCUUUAAGAGAAGAGAUUCAGGUUCUAGCAUCAAGAUUAGAAACAAAUCCAGAAAUAACUCGACUAGAAUUGGAGAAUAAUAGACUCCUCAGGCAGCUUCGAGCGUUCCAAGACUUCUAUGAUCAUGGACUGAGAGAAAAAAUGGUUGCUGAAAUAUCAGAAUUACGCCAACAGUGUAUGGAAUUAAUCGAUUGCGAAGGGAACUACUGGGGACAUCUACAUGCAUUUAGAGAAAAGUACCAGAUUGGAAGCAUGUCACACAGAAGUGAAUUGGUAAAAACCACACCUAGCUCCCUGGCAGUGCAUGAAGGAUAUUUUCUGGAGAAAAGUGAUCACCAAAUGAAAAACACAUCGAUUUUGGAAUAUAAUGAUAUGAAGAAGCAGUUAACGGAAGCAAGACUUUUGGUGGAAGAGUUGGAACUGGAGCAAGUCCAUCUUGUUGAAGAAAUGAAGAUAUUGCGGGAAGAAAACUUCAGGCUUCUGGAGAUGCUAGAUAGAAAUGACUCAAAUGAGAUCCUUGGGAAAAGAACAGGCUCAAAUGAAAUUUGUGAACCACAGGUCAGUGCAGAUGAUACAGAUCUGAUUUUUGUGUCGAAGGGUCAUGCUGAUACCUGUUCAGUUGGGUUGCAAGGUAAGUUGGGAAAAGUGUCCAAGGAUCUCGAGGAGGUCCUCUUUGUUAAUCACAACUGUAUGGAGGAAGAAGCACUAACAAUGUCCAUGAGACAACAAACUGAUUUAGUGUGCAUGGGGGUGGAAGUGGAAACAAGCAAGACUAUUCUACUCCUGCAGGAAGAGAUUUUUCAAAUCAAGACUGAGUUUCAGGAGAAAGUGUGCUCCAUGGCUGAGGAAAUCAUAAGCCUCAAAGAAACCCUGGGAGCUAAAGAGGAAGAAAUGAAGAUGAUGUGUGCAGAGUGGGAAAGAGCAACUCUGGAUUUAACGAACUUCCUUACAGAUGGUUCUAGAUCCCUUCAAGACGCCACUUCUCAUAUAGAAAGUAUAGCUGGUUCAUUUCCUAAUGCUGACAUUUGUAUUGGAGAGCAUGUAGAGAGGGCAGCCAAAACAUAUAUUGAGAAAGAAGAAACUAUUCUUUUACUAAAGAAGAGCUUGGAAGAAGCACAGCAGACUGUGUUUCAAUUGGAUGAGAAGUUGUUAUCCUUGAGGAGUGCAACAAUUGCAUUGGCUGAAGCUCAACUGCCAGCAAAUGCAUUUACAGAAGAUGGAAUUCAGAUAGCUACAGGAGUAAGUAAUUCAUUUCUGGCGAACAAUCUUAUCCAUAGGAAAAUGCAGAUCAAUGAAGCUGAAAAAAUGAAUUGCUCAUCUGAUAUUUUAAACCUUGCCAAUAUAAUUGAUAAGAACGGUCAGCCAUUAACAAGUAGAUGGAAUUUUUGCAAGGGAGAAUUUAAUAGAGAGACUGAGUUGGCAAAAAGGGAAGUGUUGGAACUCGAAAAUGCUAUAAAAAUAUCCUUUUGUGAUGCAGAAAAACAACUUAUAGCAAUCAAGUCUGAUGGAUAUAGCAGCCUAUUGUUUUUCAAAGAUUCAAUUCAAGACAUCAUUAAUGAUAUCAAAGAGAUGCAGACGCAUUUUACUUGGGCAAAGGAAAAACCUGGCAAGAGUCAAAUGGCUCAAAUGGAAACUGAUGAAAUUCAAUCAACUAAUUCCUCUGAGAUUUCCAGAUGUGGUAGUAUGUAUCAAAUGCUCCACAAGGAAGCUCACAGAACCAUCAAGGAAGCAGAUCAUACAUUGCAGGCGUUAACCAAAUCCAAUGAAAGUGGAAAACUAAUGACAUGUAUCUGGGAACAAGCAGUCAAGGAUUUGCAGGUAGAGAAAGCCAGAUUGGCUGAAGAGAUCAAUCAAAUGAACUCUGAUAUUUGCGGGAGGGGUGAGUAUGAAAUACUGCAGAACCAGAUGCAUCUUAACUUCACUGAAAUUACAAGCUCAAUAUCUUCCAUUGAAGAUACUUUCCAUGAAACACAAAUAUAUGUCGAUGCAUUGUGCAAAUCUGUGCUUUCUGAUGCUUAUGAAAUGGUAAAGGUGACUACGAGCUGCAUUUGCGAUUCAAAACUGCUAUUAGAUGAUAUAGUCACUACAGUAAUGGGGAGUGGAGUAGCCUCUUUAGUCCUCCGUCAGUGCCACAAAGGUGAUUUGAUUCACAAACUGAAAAUCCUCAACAGAAAUCUAGUUGCAAUGCAGGGUGAAUGCUAUCAGAAAUGUGAUAAUGGCAGGUUGGAUAUAGAUGGUCAAGAGGUGGAUAAUGCUCAACCUUUGAAAAAGAAAGACUUUGUUCAUGCUAACCCAGUGUAUGACAAUGCCGAUCUCUGGAGGGAAUUGGAACGUAAAGAGGCUCUUCUAAAAGGAUUACUUUUUGACUUUAGCUUACUACAAGAAUCGGCUUCCAGCAAAAGGGAUGUCAAGGAUGAAGUGGAUAAGUUAAUUGCAGCGUUGAGUGAAGUUGACAGUGAAUUAAGAAUUCAAAAGAAUCUGCUUGAUGAAAUGAUUGUUCAAAAUAGAUUGCUUGAAAACCAAUUGAAAGAUGCUCAAGGUGCUCUUUUUGUCUCUCGUUCUGAACUAGCAGAAUCAGGAAGAAAAUUGGAGACAGUGACGAAGGAAAAUGCAGGAUUGAGAGGGCUUGUGGAUGAUCUUUAUCUAAAGAAGUCCGAAAUAGAGGAAGAACUGAGAGAGCAUAAGCAGGCCUUGGAAAAGUUAGAAAAAGAGAUUAUUUUUCUGACAUCUUCAGCUGAUAAUCAAGUUACAAGAGAGAAAAUCCAGCUUCUGGAACACAUUCGCUCUUUGCAAGACAAGCUUGAUAUUGCUUAUGCAUUAGCUAAUGAGAAUGAAGCGAUAGCUGUCGAAUCCCGCCAGGAGUCAGAAGCAAGUAAAAUCUAUGCUGAGCAAAAGGAGGAAGAGGUGAAGAUUUUGGAGCACUCUGUUGAAGAGCUAGAGGGCACCAUAAAUAUACUAGAGAAAAAGGUACAUGAAAUGGAAGAAGAGGUAGAAAGUCAUCACAUGAUAAGAGAUUCAUUAGAACUAGAACUUCAAGCACUAAAAGAGAGGCUGUUGACAGUUGAAAAUUUUAAUGAAAGUCUGGACUUCAAUAGAUCAGGCUUGCAACAUACAGAAGAGCGAUUUCAAAGGUCCCUAUCACAUCACAAGGCUUAUGAACAAAUAAGAGUUCUUGAGGUAGAAAAGGCAGAACUAGUCAAGGAGGUAAAACAAUGCAAAGAGUACAUUUCUGAAAUUCUAUUGCAUGCUGAAGCACAGUCAUUACAGUAUCAGAACAAGUACAAAGACUUGGAAUCAAUGAUUCGUGGAUUCGAGAGUAACUCAAACUUAGAGAACCAAGAAUAUACAUCAGAUAUCAGGGAGAAAGUUUCAACAAGAGCAAGGGGCUCAAGUUCACCUUUCAGAUGCAUCUCUAGUUUAGUUCAGCAUAUGAAUUUGGAAAAAGAUCAGGAACUGGCAGUUUCCAAACUGCGAAUAGAAGAACUAGAAGCGAUGGUGGCUCAAAGGGAGCAAGAGGUAUGUAUAGUGAAGAAUAGGCUUGCUGCAGCAGAAAACAUGACACAUGAUGUCAUCCGGGAUUUACUAGGUGUCAAACUAGACAUGACUAGUUAUGCAGAUCUUAUAGACAAACAUCAACUUCAAGGGUUCAUUGUUAAUGCUCACCAAAAAUCACAAGAGUACAGUGCAAUGGAAAAAGAAGUUCUAAAUCUGAGGAGAAAUAUGAAUGAUUUGAUUGUGGAAAGAGAAGCAUUCAUUGAGCAAGUAAGAAGGAGAGAAGCCAUUGAAUUAGCAGCACAGAUGAGCAUAGAGCAAUUGAAGGAGCGGGAUCAGAUGCUGACUGCCCAAAAUGAAUUGCUCAAAGUUGAAAAGAUCAAAUUACAGAGUAAGGUGGUGGAACUAGAAGAGAAGGUGAAAGGUUUAUAUGGACCGCCCGGGGAUAUGCGCCUGGCUUUCCAACGGCAAACCGCCACAGCGUUUGUUGAUCACGGCAAGAGGCUGCCUAGUUCCAAGCCAUUGGUUUUGGGAAAGACGAGUGGCAAAUCUCCUAACCACCCCAUCAGUCCCAGAGACACGAAGUGAAUCUGAUUUGAUUAGAUUGCCAGAUGCUUUUUCAUCCCCAAAGCACAGAAUGGUGUCCACAACAAACCGUUAUUGGAUUUUUCUGCAGAGUAUUACUAAACCAGAUCACCAUUCCACAGGUCUGUUGUUAUGUUCUUCCACUGCAAUAUACUCAGUAAAUGUAUGGGUUUGUU